AUGGAGGAGACGACUGUUGACCUUCGCGGCGACAUCGAUUCUAGCGCUAAGGAAAUGUUGUUGCCGGAAAAUGGUACUAAGUCGAAAUGGAGCCAUUUUGCUUUUCCUGCUACUGGCCGAAAUCUCUUCCAAUGGAUCAAAACGCAGCGGCAGAAAGUGCGGCCGGCGCGAGAGUUUUUCAAGACGGAUAAGUUCCACAUUCCGACCAGCGUUGUCGUGGCAUCCAAACGUCUGGUCACCAACCUCGAUUACUUCCAGUGCAAUUAUUUAUUAGUCUUCGUUGUCCUGUUCAUAUACUGCAUACUCACUUCGCCGCUGCUUCUGUUAGUGUUGGGAAGUUUUGGGGCAGCUUUGUUUUACAUAAAAAAGCGAAGCACCGAAAAAAGACUUGUCAUCGCUGGCUACGUGGUGGACACGUUUUACCAGUACAUCGCGCUCUCCGUCCUCGCGUUUCCUUUGUUUUACUUUGCCGGUGCCGGGUCAGUCAUUUUUUGGGUGAUAGGUAAGUGGGUGUAA